AUCUGCCAGUUUGUAAAUGAUGGCAAGGACGAUGCAAACUCCACCAUAAACUCAGAGUGUUUAAUGGAAGGGAAUACCUAUGAUUGUUUGCUAAGAGAGACAUUGUGGUUGGGGAAGAGAUACUUCAUGUAUAUGACUAUGGUUGUGAUGGGAAAAGCUUGCGGUGGCGCAGCAAGUUCCCUCUGAUGUGGAUUCUGACCCAUUUAGUGUAUCAAACUACUCGCCAAGUUCUGAUUCUGAAUCAGAUGAAAAUAAGAAGGUUUUGGAGUCCACCCCAAAUUCAUUGAGAGCUAGCCGCAACACAAUGGAAAAACAGGGCAUCUUGACCCUCAGAGAAAACAGUGAGCAUUUUGAAGCAGAGCCCACCCCAGUUUCAUUGAGAUCUAGCUGCAACACAAUGGAAAAACAGGACAGCUUGACCCUAAGAGUCCACCCCAAAUUCUACAAAUGUAGCCGCAACACAAUGGGAAAACGGGCCAUCUUGACCCACAGAGAAAACACUGAGUAUUUUGAACAAGAGUCCACCACAGAUUUAUUGAGAGCUAGCCGCAACGCAAUGGAAAAACAGGACAUCUUGAACUUCAGAGAAAACAGUGAGCAUUUUGAACAAAUUCCAUACCAUUGUUUUCCCUCUCUCAGUUCCUGUGAUGAAAGAAGUCAACUUGAUAGGGUGAGUGUCGGAGUUACAUGUGCACAAUCCUAAAGGUCCAAGUACAGCACCUGAAUCACAUGUGACUGAAGAAGAUUUGAUGUCCAAACCCUGCGAGAGUGGAAAUGCAAAUGCAUCGGAUGUUACACCACAAGAGUGCUUCUUUGAGAUCGAAGAUGAUAAUGGAACUAAAGUUCUUGCAAGCCCAGUUGCAGCCAAGAAGACUAAAAGGGAGGUAAAAGAGAAAUCCAGGAGUUUUUGGAAAAACAUGAAAUGUAUUCAUUGGAACGGCUUGAUGAGAGGACCAAAUUUUUGAAGAUUAGAUCUAAAAUCUUCAACGAGAGAAAAACAACAAGACUUAGGACAUUUAAAAAAUGAAAUGAAAUGAAAUCAAUGAAAAAGCAAACAUGAAUCUCAUCAUUUUACAUGUAAUGUAACUAAUGUAACAACAAGACGUAGGGCAUGUAUGAUAAUUUAUUUUUAGCUCACCGAGACGAAGUUCGGGGGAACUUAUGCUAUACUGCUGGCGUCAGCGUCCGGACCUGGUAAAAGUUUUUGUUGCAGGUCCUGUAUCUUAGUUAUUUCUUGUCCUAUCUUCACCAAACUUGCAUGGAUGAUGCAUCUGGACCUUUUUAUGAACUUGAAAAACUUGGAUGCUGAAUCUGGGCAAUGAAUUUUAGAUGCUGGAGGUUAAGGUUUUUGGAACAGGUUAAAGUUUUUGGUGCAGGUGGCCUUUGAUAGCAAUUUCUAAAUUACUACUGAUCCAAACUUGCAUGGAUGAUGCAUCUUAAGAUACUGAUGCACCUAAAAGGCUUGUAUGCUGAAUCUUAGCCAUAGGUUUCGGAUGCUGGAUGAGGUUAUGUUUUUUGGAACAGGUCAUAUAUUAAAUUUAUUUAGUACUAUUUCAAACUUGCAUAGUUGACUUAACUAUAAUAUAAAUGAAUUGCAAAGGUAGCUUCAGAUGCAGAGCCUGAUCUUCAUAAUCAAGGAUGCUAAAAAAUAUAUCUUAGUUAUUACUGGUCCUAACUUAACUAAACUUGAAUUGAUGAUGCGUCUUAUCAUACUGAUGCAUCUGGCAGGCUUGAAUGCCGAAUCUGAGUCAUAGGUUUUGGAUGCUGGAUGAGGUUUAGUUAUUUUGGAACAGGUCACAUGAUUUAUAGACAAUAGCUUGUAUAGUUAAUUUAACUAUAAUAUAAAUGAAUCAUAGAGGUAGCUUCAGUUUCAGAUCCUGAUCACUCUAACCUGACUGAUAGAUGUGUUUGUUGUUAAAUGAUUCAUAUGAUAUAGUAUUGUCAGAUUUGAUACACUAUUGUUUUAUAUGAUACAAUGUUAUAUCAUAUAUUAUAUAAUAAAAAGUUAGUAUGAUAUUGUAUCAAUAUUUUUGUGCAUUAUGAUAUGAUAUUGUAUCAUUAUAUUGUGCAUUAUGAUAUGAUAUUGUAUCAUUAUAUUGUAAUGUAAAGUAUUUUUUAUUAUGAUGCAAUGUUGUAUAAAAUGAUAAUGUAUU